AUGUAUUGUUUUAUAAACGGGUGCAAAUCAUCGAGGUAUAAACGUAAACAUGUCGAAAACAAACCAGUUUUCCCGUUUUACAAAUUUCCAAAAAAUCCAUUGUUAAAACAGAAGUGGGUGGAUGCUAUAUACAAUCUGAAUCAUCAAGAAAGUGUCCUGCAAUUGCCGAUGCACGCAAGAAUUUGUAUUCAACAUUUUGAUGACACUUGCAUCGAACAAUUUGGUUUCACCCAAGUACGACUGAAAAAAAAUUCUGUGCCAUCAAUAUUUCCAAAUGUAUUGAAUAAAAAAAGUUUUGAAAUAGAAUUAUCCUCGAAUGAAGAUUGCACGGAGGAAAUGGAACACGUUAUGGACUCUUCUGACAUGGUGUACAUUGAACAAGGAAAUGAAGUUAAUAAUUCAAGUUUGGAAAUGGAAACUCUGAUGCAGGAAAAUUGCACCGAGAAUGUGGAAUCAGCUACAGGUUCGUGCGACAUGGUGCAACAAGAAGGCAAUGAAGAGCUUCCUAGUUCAAGCAAUGAUGUUAUUAUUGACAUGGAAUCUGUCACUGCUUUGGUAGCGACUACAAAAACUGAGUUGUGAUAUCCAGCUCAAAUUACUAAAGAAAAUAUACUACAAAUGUC